UCUUAGUUCAGUGGGGAAAAACUUUGGUAUAAAAACGCGAGCGUUUCUUACCACCAGCAUACACAAUUCUGUUCAACAAGCAGUGUAACAAAUAAACCCAGCAAAAAUGUUCAAAUUGUUUGCUUUCUUGGCCCUCUUCGUCGCCGUUAACGCCGGUGUCAUCGGUCACGGGGGUUACAUCGCGGCCGCGCCCGCACAUAUUGCCGUUGCCGCCCCAGUCGCCCAUCACGCCACCUCCUAUGCUAACCACAACUCAGUUUCGGUUCACCCCGUAGCCGUCGCACACGCCGCUCCAGCUGCCCAUGUUGUCCAUGCCGCACCGGCCGCUCACGUCGUGCAUGCCGCUCCAGUUGUCCAUGCCGCACCAGUUUUUCACGCCGCUCCAGUCGCCCAUGUAGGAUAUUCCCAUGGUCAUCAUGGCUGGUAAACAUCUACAACAGUCAG